GACCCUCUUAAUCAUCUUUUCGCUGCAAUGAAUACAGAGAAUCAGGAUCAAGAUGAAUCCGAGAGCUUCAAGUUCUUUGGGCUUGGUGGAUGUAAUGAAGUGGGUCGUUCGUGUCACAUAAUUGAGUACAAGAAUAAAGUGAUUAUGCUAGAUGCUGGGGUCCAUCCAGCACUCACAGGACAUUCCUCUUUUCCAUUUUAUGACGAAUACGAUUUAUCAAAGGUAGACAUUUUGCUCAUUAGUCAUUUUCACUUGGACCAUGCUGCUUCAUUGCCUUAUGUGAUGCAACAUACUACUUUUAAAGGUAGAGUAUUCAUGACCCACGCAACCAAGGCUAUCUACAGAUGGCUUCUUCAGGAUUUCGUUAGAGUGACGUCUAUCGGAGCGGGUUCACGUGCUGAAGGAUCAGACGAGACGUCAACCAAUUUGUAUACGGACGAUGAUAUCAUUUCGUCAUUCGACAGAAUCGAAACUAUAGACUACCAUUCCACUAUGGAAAUAGACGGUAUAAGAUUCACAGCGUACCAUGCUGGACAUGUUUUGGGUGCGUGUAUGUAUUUUGUUGAAAUUGGUGGUCUCAAAGUUCUAUUCACAGGUGACUACUCCCGUGAAGAAAACAGACAUUUACAUGCUGCUGAAGUGCCUCCUACCAGACCCGAUAUCCUUAUAACGGAAUCAACUUUUGGAACUGGUACAUUAGAACCAAAGGCCGAUUUGGAGAAGAGAUUGGUCCAGAAUAUACAUGCCACACUCACCAAGGGUGGACGAGUCUUGAUGCCUGUAUUCUCGCUUGGUAAUGCUCAAGAGUUACUAUUGAUCUUGGACGAGUACUGGGAAAAAAACGAAGACCUUCAGAACAUAAGCGUAUUCUUUGCCUCUAAAUUAGCAAGGAAGUGUAUGGCUGUCUAUCAAACAUAUACCAGUAUCAUGAACGACAAUAUCAGACUCUCGUCGAGAAUUGGGCAGAAGUCUAGUCCCUUUGAUUUCAAAUAUAUUAAGUCAAUCAAGGAUUUAGGGAAGUUUCUGGACAUGGGUCCGUCUGUUGUCGUAGCAUCUCCAGGGAUGUUGCAAGCAGGUGUUUCCAGGCAAUUGUUAGAGAAAUGGGCUCCCGAUCCCAAAAACUUGGUUGUAAUGACUGGUUAUUCUGUAGAAGGUACCAUGGCCAAAGAUUUGUUGAAUGAACCACAUACCAUCAAGUCGGCAGUAAACCCUGAUAUCACAAUUCCAAGAAGAAUAAACGUCAGCGAGAUUUCAUUCGCUGCUCACGUCGAUUUCCAGCAGAAUUCAGAAUUCAUAGAAAAAGUUGCUCCUCUGAAGAUCAUCUUGGUUCACGGCGACUCUGUUCCUAUGGGUAGAUUGAAGUCUGCAUUGUUGAGUAAGUAUUCUGCUAGAAAGGGAACUGAGCAAGAAGUUAAAGUAUUUAAUCCUAAGAACUGUGAGCCGCUCAAGAUCCCCAUUAAGGGACUUAGGGUUGCAGCUCGGGUGCUAGGUACGCUUGCAGAAGAGCAAUUACACUUGUUGAAGGCCGAAAUCGAAAACAAAGUAGCAGAAAGCAAUUUGAAGAUAGAAGAACUUGAUGACGAAGAAAAUGAAAAAAUGGAAAUAGGACAGCCUAAGGAAGAAGGCAAAGAAGAUGACAGCAAGGUCAAAGAAGGUGAAGAUACGAAGACGGAAAAUGAGGAUCCCGAUGCGUUCAAGACAGGACAAUUGAUGUCUGGUGUAUUGGUAUCUAUGGAUUUCGACUUGGAUCUUUUACAGCUACAGGAUUUACACGAAUACACUCAAUUAUCUACGUCUAUAGUCAAGUCGAAGAUGUCAUUAAAGAUCAACGCCGACAUCACAUUGAUGAAAUGGCACUUGGAACAGAUGUUUGGGUUUAUCAAUAUUGUCAAUGAUGAUGAAGAUGAAUGGGAAUGUAUAAUUAUGGAUAUGAUAGAUCUCUUGGUGGACAGAUCCAAGACGGAUAGUUUGUACAUUACUUUGGAAUGGAUUAACGACAAUUUGAUGUCCGAUUCGAUGGCAGACAGUGUCAUUGCAAUCUUGUAUUCCAUUGAUUCCUCUCCAGCAUCUGUCAAGUUGUCCUCUCGUUCACAUAAUCAUAACCACGACAAUAUUGAAAAGGAGUCUACUCCACCAACGAAGAAGAGUGCUCACGCAAACUCCGAAAUAUCCAGUAGAAUUCACCGUAUUUCAUCAUUGUUAAAAGCCCAGUUUGGUGACUCGUUGAACAAUUUAGAAGACAACAAGGCUGUUAUCACAAUCGGUAAAAACGAAGCCAAGAUAAACUAUCUCGAUUUGACUGUCGAUUGUGGGUCAAGAGUGUUGAGAGACCGUAUAGAAAAUAUCAUCAAGAGAGGUUGUGGCCUCGCAGCUCCAUUGAGUCAAUACCAAGAAGUGUAUAAAAUAUGA